AUGCUCAAGCGUGCCAGUCGCGGCCACAAACCGGGUGGAGUGAAUGCGAUGAAACCAGGUGAGCUGUGCAUCAGAUUCCCGGCUUGUCUGCGCCCAGGCUUCAACCUGCCGGACAAUUGGAGUAAUGUCUCAGAUAAAUUGAAAUUGGUAUACACGAUGGUGACCGCGAUUGAUGCCAAUUUCUGGCUCCGUCGCCGUGCAGUCUCUUUGGAUGCCAGGGACCCUCCUCUCGGCCCGGGCUGGGGAUUUUUUGUAAGCGGAAAAGAGUACAAGGAGCAUAUCUUCACUUGCACUGGUUUGCAAGCCCUGUCUCAGGCAGACCGGCACUUCAGCAAGGGUCUCACUGCUACUGGAGUUGGCAUGGCAAUUGACGGCAGGUAUGGAUUCAUACUGCCGACUGGAGUCGGAGACCUCCAGAAGGGGGAGAGGUACUGUAACAUGGAUUAUAUCGUCGCUUCGGUUCUGUCACACUACAAAGACUUCCCUCCCUUGCUGCUGUCCUAUGAUAUCGCAUGUCAGUGGUCCGUCCAUCUCUAUGAACGUUUGGGGCAACUACCCGCACGCAUGAAAAUUGACUUGCCUGAGGGUGAUCUGCGCUACGCAAUUCCCAAAUAUCAUUUCAACGCACACAAAGUCCAGAGCCAUACACAAUAUUCUCUCAACUACAUGCGAGGUGCAGGGUGUACCAAUGGUGAGGAGAUUGAACGCUUGUGGGCGCGCCACAACCAGACGUCCUCAAGUACACGUGAGAUGGGCCCCAGGUCCCGUGAAGACACCUUAGAAAACCAUCUCAACUAUGUGAAUAUUAGGAAAUAUGUUGAUAUAGGCAAGAUGUUGAACAAGAAAACCCACAAAGCCCGUAAGGACUCCGCUGUCCAGUCGUCUAUCUUUGAUGGGUUCUGCCAGUGCCUCACCAGACAACAUGUUGAGGCGUGGACAACAUAA